CAAAAUUGUUCUAGCGUCGUUGACGCUUUUGCUGCGUUGCUUGUUGAUGUUAUGUCGGUUUGUUUAGUUUCGUAAAUAUUAUUUUCUCAUAUUUUUAAACGUAUAUUUAAAAAAUCGUGUGGCUAUUAUAUAAAAAAGGGAUUUCACUAAGUAUCUGAAUCAAUUUAAAUCACUAAAAAUGAAAAUGUUCAAAAUGCUCAUUUUUUCGUCGCGUGUGGCAAAGUGAUAAUUUUAGAAAUUCAAAAGCAAAAGUUGAAAGUUAUUUAAAUCAAGAUGUCUACUAGAAGUGGUCGUGUAAGAUCCAGUAUAGCAGACUCAAGUCCAUCACGAACUCGAAAAGUUGCAUCGCCGUCGCGAUCUCCCGCCAGAAAUCGAAAAAGUUCCACCGAGCGGAAUACCGUUCGCCAGUCGCCUUCAAGGAAAUCUCCAAGUAGAAAACCAGUAUCUAAAUAUCCUGCUCGUAAAUCACCUUCACGUACAGUUAAAGAUAAGGAUGCAAAAGAGGAAUUAAUUCCUAAAUCACCAGGUAAACGGCCAGCUAUAAGUUCUAAUAUCGAAGUUAAGUUAGAAGACUUUUCAGCAAAAUUUGAAAUAUAUCGGAGUACUAGAUCUAAACGCACGGAAUACUCAAUCAAAGAUAUUUCUAGUACGACUCAAUUAAUUGAACAGGAAAACAUUAAUGGGACUGAUAGUAUUGACUCUACUAGUGAUUAUGGUAUAAGAAACAGGCGAUCCGUUGAAAAUAUUGUGCCACGACGCUCCAGUAGGUUGAAGGAUUUUGUUGAAAACAUCCCAGAUAUAAGGAGAAGUUUGAGUAAGUCAGUCAGUAAGUCGAUUAGCAAGUCCAUCAGUAAAUCAAUCGACACAUAUUCGGAUGACGAAAUUUCUGAACUAGCACCCAUAAGGGAGAAAUCAUCAUCAGUUACAAGGAAAUUAUCUACCCCGGUACCAAGCAAUCUAGCAUUGACACAAUUCAGUAACAAGUUUGAGUUUGGUGGAAAAGUUGGAUCUGUAUUAUUCUUGUUAGUGCUACCUGUAACAGUAUUGGCAAUAUUAUUAGCUUGCUCAAAAUCUUGUUCGCACAAUGUCUUCUUAGGAUUGUCACAGUAUAAAUCAGUGUCAACCUGGUUUAGUGCACAGUCAUUCAAUGUUGUAGUCGGCCAGUAUUUUCUGCAAGCUUCUAUUUUAUUUCUCCCUAUAUUAGGAAAAAGGCAAAUUGAUGAUACUGGUAGAAGAUUUUGCUUUAAUGCAUUAUUCUCCUGUAUUGUGACGUUAAAUGUCUUAUUUUUGUUGGAUUACUACAAAAUCAUUGGUGGUUAUGUUAUUCUAGAUUCAUACUUACAAUUGGGUAUUAUAUCAUAUUUUAUAGCUGUUUUAUUAUCAGUAAUCUUAUUCAUAAAAAGCUGGAAAAUUGAUGAGAAUAGUUUAAAUCCAUAUGGCAAGACUGGUUUUGCAUUGUAUGACUUUUUUAUGGGUAGGGAAAUUCAUCCACAAGUACAUAGAUUUAACAUAAAACUAUGGUCAUACAGAGUCUGCAAUAUCAGCACUCUUGUUUUAUUACUACUUCUAUUCACUCAUAGUUUCUACAUUGAUGAUAAGGAUCUGGAAAAUAUCUCUCUCAAGAACUACCAAGAAUUAAUAAGAAUAGUCCAUUGGAAGCCUACUGUAUUACUAUUUACAAUGAUGCAGAUCAUAUACACUCUUAAUUUUAUUGUAAAGGAAUAUAGAGUUAUAUACACAUUUUAUUGGCAAUAUGAAGGAUUGGGUUACAUGCAACUUGUGGGAAGUGCUUUGUAUCCAUUCUAUUUCACUACAAUAUCUAAAUAUGUGGUAGAUUCAGAGAUGAUACUUCAAACAAAUACUUUAAUAGCUGCAUCUGUUAUAUUUUUGCUGGGAUUUAUAGUAAUGCUUAUCAGUAACAAUAUAAAGUAUGAAUUCAGGAAAAACCCCCUGCAGCCAAGUAUGGCACACCUGGACUCUAUGCCAACAUUCCACGGUAAGAAAUUACUUGUGUCCAACUUGUGGGGGAUCGUCCGCCAUCCGAAUUAUACGGGCGAUAUUUUGAUACAUAUCGCUCUGGCUUUGCCGGGUAUUUUGUCGUCGCGAGUAUUAGCUUCGUUGCCGGCCUUGUUUACGAUUCUAGUGUUAUUGCAUCGCGCGUGGCGGGAUCAUUGCAGAUGUAGAAGGCGAUAUGGCGCUGCGUGGCAAAGAUAUUGUAAGCGAGUGCCAUCCGUUGUUCUUCCGAAGAUUCUUUAAAUAUAAUAGGUUCUAUUGUAGGUUUCGAAUUCAUUCGGAUAUUUUUAGGUACAAGUUGUAUCUAGUAAUCCGAAAACAUUAAGGUUUGACAGUCUAGGAGGAAUAAUAAUACAUGUUACGGAAUCUCUAAUGUUAGUGGUUAUUCUGACUUCUCAAUUUAAUAGGUAUUAUAGUUAAUAUUUGAUCAAAUUGAGUACAAGUAAAUAGAUCUUUUACGCAUUUAAACUAUUAAAAAUUUAAAUAUCUGAAUGAAUUGCCAAAUAGGCGUGUAUGAAUUAUCUUAGUGGAAUUUUGGAUUAUUUUAUUCGUAGGUCUAAUUAGUUAAGCUUUUAGAUUAUUAUUAUUAACAUAUUUAGCGCAAAUUACGACGUAUUUUCAUAUUAGAAGUUGAUAUCUAAGUUAGAAGUAUUGUUUCUUUCAUCGAAUGACGUAUUUAAGAUAAUAAAUUUUACAUUAUAUUGUAUAAUAAUUUUAAAUGGUUUUUGUAAUUAAAUGGAUACAAUAUCUACUUAUACAUUAUUGUUUUUGUGGAUCUCACUUGAAGACAUUGAGAUUUUUGUUGUAUAAAAUUUAUCGUAAGUUUUGCCAUAAUGAAACCACCGUAGAUUAAAUAUAUAUUUCUGAGUAAGCUCUCUAGUUUUAGCACUCGGUAUAAAGGAAUAUUAUAUUAAACCACUGUAUUUAAUAUGGUUUAUUAAAUAGGUAAAUUAAUUACUUUUAGACAGAUUUAUGUCUAGCGCUCAAUGAAGUCUGUUACUCUAAAUAGAUGAACAAAUUUAGUACCUAGGUAUAUGCAAUACCUAGAUUUCUAUUACGAGUGACAGAUAGGAAAUAAAGUUUCGAUUUUAGGUAGCAUAAAGGCGUUUAAACUUUAACUAUUGCUCAAAAUUUUAUCUAACGAAAUACAAGAAAAUAUCAUCGUGUAAGUUGAUUUUAUAUGAGGAUUUAUUCAUAAGGUUUCUUAACGUGUUACGAGUGCCUCAAAAUAAAAUGUAAGAUAUAUCGCUUAAGAAGCAAAUUUUGUAUCUUCAGGUAAUAAAAUUAAUUCUUUAUAAAAAGGAUAUAUUAUGAAAAUUUACUUUAACUUGAUUUAUUUUUAUUAUGAAAUAAUUAAUGGAUUAUGGAAUUUAUAAAAAUUUACAAUUUGCAGUCUUCACGCAACAGCUACCAGGUUUAUAAGUAUUUUAGUAAUUACUUUAACUCUAAACAGUUCAAAAUAGAUGCCAAAGCCUCAUUAGUUAAAUGAAGUUAUUCUGUUUGGCGGGUCAAUGUUAGUAAUACAUAUAUGAAUGUCUAUCAAAGCCAAUGUCGUCGACCUAAUAGCAGCGUCUUUAUUAAUUUUUAUAUGCUAUAAAACUAUUUUAAAUAAUUAUGAAAAAUUGUAUUGUGUGGAAUAUUAAAGAUUUAUAAUAAAA